AUGUUUUCUACUGUAUUGGGACACAAUCCUAGUUUCAUUUGGCGUAGUAUUCUUGAAGCAAAAGAUCGUAUCCACGCUUGUGCUCAAAGAACAAUUGCUAAUGGGGAAAAUGUCUCCAUUCUUAAUGAUCCUUGGCUCCCACAUAGUUCUAAAAGCUAUGUUGUCUCACACAACCCUGCUCUUGUGAAUAAGUCGGCCAGCUGCCUCUUUCAAGUCAAUACUCGCGCAUGGGAUGAGGAUGUUGUGAGGGACCUGUUUGUUGCCCAUGAUCAAGACCUUAUUUUGUCCAUUCAGCUUAGUGAUUCUGCCGCUAAUGAUGAAUCUAAGGGUUCUUGGUGCCAAGAUGCCAAUACUGAUUUUUGGAAGCGGCUUUGGUCAUUAAAAAUUUCUCUUAAGAUCAGUAAUUUCUUAUGGCGAGAUGCUUCGGGUGUGCUUCCAACUUUUUUUCAACUCCAAAAGCGUCAUGUUCUUGUCAAUGCCAACUGCCCUUUGUGCAACUCUAGUAUUGAAACUAUUCAACAUGCGUUGGUGGAAUGCUCGUUUGCAAAGGCUGCUUGGCAUUGCAGCAUGGUUGAUGUCGGGGACUGGGGCUGCAACAUUCAGCAGCUGGUUGUUGGGAAUUCUCACUAG